GCCCUCCGAUCUCACCCGUCUCUUUGUUCUGCCAUGGCGUGAAAUCAUCAUCAUCAUCCACUGUGUCGACAUGCAUAUCCGCCAGCUCCUCCAUCGCCUUCUCCUCCAUGUUUUUCAUCAUCUUCGGCUCUGACUGGCUGGUGCCACAACCGCUGCCACCUCGAAGCUUCCACAUCUCUGAAGUAGCAGCGUUUGGAUUGCUCGAAGAAGCCUUGUCUCUCAAUGGCACGCUCGAACUCAACUUUGCUAUCCUGGCAUAUCCAAAGCCCGCAGGCGUCCUGAGAUGAGGUCUAUGCAAUGAUCCA